AUGAGCGUACGACGGUGCGUGGGCAGCCAUAUGCCCACUGCCCUCGCCUCCCUCUUCUGCUGCAGGCCCCUCCAAGAUUGGGGAGGAGCCUCUGAAGCCCUUGAUGAGUGCCCACCGCUGACAAACAGGCAGCGGCAUGGAUCUGAUCUCGACGAUUCAGGAGAGCUUGGGGGGCUUAUCACUAUGCUGGAUAGUGGUGGAGGAAGGGGAGGAGAAGGUGCAGUGUGUUCGCUUUCAGGGUUAUCGAGCACAAGCAGUGAGAUUCUACAGACCGGGCAGGUUGAGUUCUGCUCCAGCCACAAAUCGAUACAGGCCAUGUGGAAAUUAUGGCUGCAGGUGUCACCAUUUUCAGUUUUGAUGCAACCAAAGGAUGCAAAGGAUAAUUAUUCGUGGUUAAGAAAGGAACAAAUAGUAACUGCUUCGCAUUCAGCCAGAGGACUUGUUAACCCAGUCCCUGUUUCCCUUUCAUCAAGCACAGGUGAGGGACCAGUUACACAUCCAUACCCCCAUACUGAUGUGAUUGAUCAAGUGGUCUUAGCUGUCCACUGUCCAGUAACGAUGCAAGCUGAGGGACUUAAUGAUUCAAUUGUCGAUAUCCAGCACCAGAAGAGCAUAAUAGGCAAGGCACUGGUACUAAUCAAUAGCACUAUUUUCUCUAUGUAG